GCUGAGUGUGGAAACAGCACUGGAGCUGAAGCUUUUCACAGAGGGUACACAGAACUGGUGGCAGGUGGCAGAGGUCAUGAUGGACUCUGUUGCACAUUCCUGUAAAGACUCCACCUCCUGGCAGGGGCUUCUGUUCACAGUCUCCCUUUUAACAUGCUGGCUGCAUCCCACUACUUCUCAGCUCACCAUUAAAUCAGUGCCUCCCAUUGCUGUUGAAGGGGAAAAUGUUCUUCUGUUUGUGCAUAACCUGCCAAAGAAUGUUAAAGCCUUUUCCUGGUACUCAGGAGUUGCACCAUUCAAGUGUUGUGAAAUUGCAAGUCAUAUGAUAGCUACCAAUUUUACUGUAAUGGGACUUGCACACAGUGGUAGAGAGACAGUACUCAACAAUGGAUCUCUGUUAAUCAAGAGUGUUACCAGAAAAGACUCAGGAUACUACACUCUUCGAACACUUGAUUCAACAUCAAGACCUGAAAUAAUACGUGCAGAAUUCUUUGUACACCGCCCACUAUUAGGCUACAAGAAGCAUCGUACCCCUUCUCAACUCACAAUUCGUUUGGUGCCACUUAGGGUUGAAGAAAACAUCAAUAUUUUUCUGUGGGUUUUUAAUCUGUCAGAGAAGCUUCAAGCCUUUGCCUGGCACAAAGGUGUACUUCCACUUGAACAUUUGAAGAUAGCAAGCCAUUCAUUCCUCACCAAUUCAACCACUCUGGGGUAUGCAUAUUCUGACAGAGUGAAAGUACGCAAUGAUGGGUCCCUGCUUCUCUUCAAUGUCAAGAAGAAAGACACAGGACUUUAUACCCUACGAACAAUAUCUGUUGAUUUGAUAUCAGAAUGGGCCAUUAUUGACCUCCAAGUGAACACACCUUGAAGCCAGGCUUCAGAUAAUCAAAGAAGAAGAUGUAAACUAUGGCCAUCAAAGAAUUGAAGAAGAAAGGCAAAUACGUGCAUUACUUCUACUCUUACUCUCUACUCUGAAUAGCUUUCUGCUUACCUGCA